AUGGCUGGAGAUUUUAAUGAGCCGUUAAUUGAUGAGGACAAAUUUGGGGGUAGAUGUGUUAACAUCAAUCGUUCUCUGGCUUUUAAAGAUUGCCUUGAUAGAUGUAGUAUGAUGGAUAUGGGUUUUUCGGGUCCUAGAUAUACUUGGACCAAUAAGAGAGACAUCAAUAAUUUGAUUCUUGAAAGGAUUGAAAGAUUUUUCAUGAACCCAGAGUGGUGCAUCAUGUAUCCUAAUGCCAGAGUAACCCACCUCCCUAGGUGUCACUCUGAUCAUUGCCAUGUUCUCAUGGAAGCUCUACCAGUCAGUACAGUCAAGCUCAACAGGCCGUUUAGGUUUCAAGAAUUUUGGCUUUUCGACAUAUCCUUUCCCACCAUUGUGUCCAAAGCUUGGAAUGGAAAUAGGGAGUUAGAGGAGUCCAUUGAUUACUUCUCUAAGGAUGCAUUAGCAUGGAAUAGAAACCACUUUGGUAACAUCCAUCAGAAGAAGAGGAGGAUUUUGGCUAGAAUUCAUGGUACCCAGAAGGCGUUGUCCAUCAAUCCUAGCUCCUCUCUUGUUUGUCUUGAGAACCAGCUCCUUGGUGAGUUGGAGACUAUUCUGGAUCAAGAGCGUGAUCUCUGGUUGUUGAAGUCUAGGCUGAACUGGAUGAUCCAUGGGGAUAGGAACACCUCUUUUUACCAUGUUUCUACCCUUUCUCGGAGGAAAAGAGAUCACAUUGCGGCAGUUAAAGAUGAGAGGGAGUUGUGGAUCACUGAGGAAAGGGAGGUUAUGGAGCAUUUUAGGGUUGGUUUCCAGACUUUGUACACUUCUUCCUAA